AUGGAGUUCUGGCGCACGCGGUCGCAAUUGUACGGGCCUUGGGAUCGGUUCGUCGAUCGGACUGAUCCGAGCGGGUUGUGCCCCCAUCAAACGUGGGACAUUGGCGGAGAAGCCGUGGCAGCGCCUGAGCCCCAUUUGUCCAUUCCCCAAAUCUUGACCAACAUCCGGCCUGAAGUUCGAUCUCCGGGUGAACAAUCGCCUAUCCUAGUUUUGGACUCCAUCGAUUUGUUCUUGGUCGAUAAUUCCUUGAGCCACGUGCUUCGUCUGAUCAGAUCCAUUCAGCGGUCUGGCCAUUUCAGCCAGUUGGUGGUGCUUGCCUCAUUGCCCGUGGGACCCACCUUGGCUACCUUGAGUCGACAGUUUGAGGCCGUGAUUCAUUUAGGCGCUGAUUCGGCUGAUUCGGAGGCGUUCGUGUGUCGGACACUUUGGACAGGUGAAGGGGCCCAAAAGCUGACCUUUACUCCGGGGAAGGAAAAAUUCUACUUAAACGCCCAAAAGGAUCAAAUCAUUCGCAUUGACCGGGUCGUUCAGUGUGCGAGCCCACCUCCGGUUGGAACUAGUGUCGCCACUACCGAUUCGUCGGAUUCCCUGGGUGAUUUGUCCACUUUCAAUUUGAAAUUAUCCGACAACGAAAGAGAAGCUCGGUCCCGCUUGGUGUUGCCUUUUUGGAAGACGGGAAGGCCAGAAUCUCAAAAGGCCGAGUCCGAAGAGCCGGCUGUUCGAAUUGCGCCCAAGGCUGAUGAGAAAGUACCCUCUGCAUCUUCUCAUAUCUACUAUGAACCCGACGAAGUUGACGAUUGGGAUGAAGAAGAUCCGGAUGACGAUUUAGAUUUCUAA